CACAGAGUGCAUGUGCAAUCUGGUUUGCUGCAAAGAGGUUCAAGACAGAUAUCUGGAAGACGGCAAUGAUAAACUUCAGCUUCUUGUCCUGCUCUGCGGUGAAGAUGAUGAGCAGCUUCACAGGGCAGCUGCUGGUGCACUGGCUAUGCUCACCGCCGCACAGAAGAAACUGGCUUUUAAGAUGACUAAAGUGACUGGGCAGUGGCUUGAGAUCAUACAGAGAUUGUGCAUCCAUGACAACCCUGAAAUUCAGCACAGAGGUCUU